GCUCCACUCACACUCAGGCCCCUGCCUCCUCUCCUCCAGUGACUCCAGCCAUGAGGACCCUCGCCCUCCUCGCUGCCCUUCUCCUGCUGGCCCUCCAGGCCCAGGCUGAGCCUCUCCCAGAAAACAAUGAGGAGGCCCCAGACCAGGAGCAGCCAGGGGAAGAGGACCAGGACAUGGCCAUCUCCUUUGCCGAGACUGAGGCCCCUGGUGUUCAGAGAUCAGGUGCACGAGGGAUCCUGAAAUGCCACUGUUCAUCACGUGGCUGUAAUCAACGUCUAGGAGAACACAACCGUGGGUCCUGCUUUCAGGGUCGUAAAGUCUACAAGUUCUGUUGCCGCCGAAUAUAAUGCCCAGAGAAACACUUGGUCACCCCUUCCUUUGAGACAUACAACGGAACUGUCAGCACCCCUUACCCCAAUCUAAUUGUCCUCAAUUUUCUCCAUCUCAAAUAAAUU